AUGCUUGAAUUUUCGGAACAAGAACUUCAUUCUACGCAAUACUGGUGUGAGCUAGAAGAAAAGAAGAAGGAUUCUCUUGUAGAAAAAAAGCUGAAAUGUCUCUUUAGUGUUGAACCGAUUGCUGAAUAUAGGCAAUUUUCGUCGAACAAUCAAUAUGGCUCAUGUGUCCUUACGUCCGGAAUCGUUCCUAGAGAAGUUGCAGACCAGUUGCCAUUUUUGCGAUCACAUGAUUCCAUGAUGUUUCCACCGGCUCUUGUUGGAAUAAUUAUUUUGCUCACCAUCCUGGCGACGUUACUCUCUUGCUAA